AUGUCCAGAAGAAGACAGUACUCGUUGCAUAUAAAUUGUGGUGGAAAACGAACCACCAUCGAAGGAGUCACCUUUGAAGAGGAUCAAGACUCAGGAGGUGCAGCAAAAUUCGUUCCUCAGAUUCAGAAACCUAUCUGGGGAACCAGUAGCACUGGACAUUUCUGGGAUUCUAGCCCCAAUCCUACAGACUACAUUGCAAAUAAUGUAUCUAUACUUAGAAUGAACAACUCUGAGUUGUACACAAGUGCACGCCUCUCUCCUCUUUCUCUCACGUAUUAUGCACGCUGCUUUCGAAACGGCAAUUACACCGUGAAACUUCACUUUUCGGAGAUAACGAUCAGAGGCAAUAGAUCUUUUCGUAGUGUUGGAAGACGGAUAUUUGAUAUUUAUAUUCAGGAGAAACUGGUGUGGAAGGAUUUUGAAAUUAAAAAGGAAGCACACGGCGUUGAUAAAGAACUCAAUAAGGAAUGUAAAGCAGUUGAGGUUAAGAAUAAAACUUUAGAGAUCCGAUUUCAUUGGUCUGGGAAAGGGACAACAGCUUCUCCAAAGAAAGGAACAUUUGGUCCUCUUAUAUCUGCUAUCUCUAUAGAGCCUGGUAUAUUCUGA